CGGUCGGAAUUUGUUUGAAUUUUUAAAAUUUCAGAUUUUCUGAUGUGUUAGAAAUUUUGAUUAUUCCACCUUUGGCAAUGGGCUGACCGAAAAAGAACUCGGUUAUAGUACAAAGCAUAGGUACAACACCACCAUACACACACUUGUGUGUGCCCGCGAGUGUGUGUAGAAAUCAAAAUUUGCCUAUUUAUGAUGCAACACCAUCACACAUUCUAGUGUGUGCCCGCCAGUGUGUACAAAUACACAACAGUCCCUGCAUCAACUACACAGAAAUUGUUGCUUUGUGUUAGUAAUGACUGCACCGUGAUUCAUUAAAGGGUUCUUUUUGUGUUUGAGUAAUAUGAUCAAAUCUAAGCUUGACUUUUAGUAUCAUCGCCGCAUUUUAUUAAUGGUAAAUUGAAGCUUCUAGGCAGUUUCUUAUCAAUGACACACUAAUUUCUGUAUCUAUAAAUAUACAUUGACAGUUGGGUAGUUUCUGGUGGAAGCCAGCUUUUAGAUUUCGAGGAAAUAGUUGUUUAGAUUGUGUUUCUUCUUAGGCUUUUGAUGGUACAGAAACGAUACUUCUGGGAGGGGGGUGAGGAAGGCUCUGAUGUCCCUAAUCGUGACUCUAAGCGCAGAAAUGCCUCCAUCAGGGAUAUGAAUAAGAGUUCUAUGCAAGAACUUGUGAUCAAGUUGGAACCUUUUCUUCGGAAUUGUGUAAGUCAGGAGGUACAACGUGCAAUCAACUCUUAUCUGAGGUCUCCGCUCAAUCAGAUUGGUUCUUCUGAGGGAUCAAGGAACUUGCAGUUGCACUUUGAUGAUGAGUUACCUUCCACCCUGUUUACUGGUUGUAGGGUGGAGAAAGAGGACAGCACACUGGUUAAAGUAGUUUUGCGUGAUUCUAUGUCCAAGAGAGUUAUAACCUCUGGACCACUUUCCUCUAUAAAAGUCAGUAUUGUUGUGCUUGAUGGUGAUUUUAACAAAGAUGAUAAAGAAGAUUGGACACAGCAGGAGUUUAACAACAGAAUUAUACAAGAACGAGCAGGCAAAAGGCCACUGGUGACUGGGGCUGUGGUAUUAUCAUUGAGGGAAGGGAUGGGUUAUAUUGAAGAUGUCAGCUUUACGGACAACUCAAGCUGGAUAAGGAGUGGGAAGUUUAGAGUGGGAGCAAUUUCAAGUGAAGGAAGCAUUAGGGAAGGAAUGAGUAAUGCCUUUAAAGUGAAGGAUCAUCGUGGCGAGUCAUACAAAAAACAUCAUCCACCAUCAUCAGACGAUGAAGUUUGGCGAUUGGAAAAGAUUGCAAAAGAUGGUGCAUCUCAUAAAAGGUUGACUUCCCACGGGAUAUGCAAUGUGAAAGGCCUCUUGCAGUUGUACGUCACCAAUCCUUGCUCACUGCGCAAAAUACUCGGUGGUAAUAAGAUCUCAAGCAAGGCAUGGAACUCCAUCAUUGAGCAUGCUAGCGCUUGUCUUUUAGACGACAAUGAGCUUUAUCUGUAUAAGGCUGAGGAUGGGACUGUUCUUGUGCUCAAUUCCAUUUAUGACGUUGUAGGAGCAAAUUUUGAUGGUGGACAUUACCUAUCUGUAGAUAUGUUCAAUAAAUCUGAGCAGCUUUUGGUUGACAAUUUGAAGCAGCAUGUCUACAAAAAUUUGAAUUACUUGGUUCCCCUUGGUGACCAGUCAUUUGUUGCACACCCAUUGUUGCUGCCGAAUUUGCAAACUGGCUCUUACUGCAACCCAAGCAUACAGAACGUUAGUUUCCAAGUUGGACAAGAUCAAGUGGGAAUGCAGGUGAACCCUGGCCACAUGGAAAUUGCAUCAGCACACACUUAUGGGGUAGAAGACAGCAACCAGUUCAAGGUUUCUGGGGCUGGGACUUCUCAUCAGAUGGAUGCUAUCAAUUCUGUUUUGAACAGUGGCUUUGGUCUUACUAAUUCUUACAAUGAAAUUCAUACUGGUGGUGGAGACAGUUGGGAUUCCCCUGGUUCUUUGGGGCCAUUUGGUUUGACUGAUCAACUAGUCCUCAACGAUAACUUUCCGGUUGAGACAUCAGCAUGGCAGGAGAAUGGUUUUUUAAUGGCACCAGGAAAUCAAGCAUUUGGUGUUGUUUCUUCUGGUUUUGGCAUCGGUAUCUCAAGUAAUGGAAAGCCUAAAGCUUGUUGGUGCAAGAUUAGGGCUGUCAUUAAAUGGAGGAUGGUUAAAAGUAGCCGCCAGAAGAGUGGAAAAGCUUUCAAGCGUAGCAUUCAACUCAUAGCAUCCAGCUCCUGAAAAGGAGCAUGGUUCUCUUCAAUAGGUAUCUGUUCUUUAUUUCUUUGUAACAAAUUUAAGCAAGUCUCAUGUGCAUAAGACAUAAAUUUCUUUCUUAGUGCAAGGGUGCAUCAUAGGUAGGACUUUUCCUCGUCUCUUAAACUAGAGCAUGAGAUGACAAAUCAUAAACAUACCUAGGCAAAGUUUGGUUAGCUGAAAUGACAGCAAAUUUCUUUAUUAAGCUUCUUUCUUUUGUACACAGAGCUUGUAUUUGGUUCCACCCCCUUAAUGGAGAGGUGAAUAAUGUAAGGUGUGUUGUAAUGUAAGUUAUAAAUUUCAAGUCUUGGCUUA